AUGUUUUAUUCUUUGAUACUUACUGGUAUUAAAUUAACCUUAAAAAAUUUCAUUGAGCAACAUCUUCCUAUUUCCUCAACCAAUAUAAUAAUUAAUGAUUUUGAUGAGUUCCUAAAACCAGUAAACGAUGAUUUUAUAAAUAAACGAAAAGGAGAAUUGCUGGAAUAUUUUAUACAACAAUUUCUUUUAAAGAACGGAAUACUUUCUUAUAUUAAUAAAACUUUCGUUUAUUUUAGUCAGGGUAAUUAUCAAAAAAUUUCGGAUGUUACGCCGCGGUUUAGUGAGAUACAGACUCGUGGUGGUUCUGGGGAGAUACAAAGAAUACGCGGAAUGCGGAAUCCUAAAUAUAAAGUUGAAGUUGAUGAAGUACGUAAACUGUUGAAUGUUAUCUCUAAAAAACCCGAAACGUUCAUCGGAUUUCUUGUCUCCAAUGUGCCAUUAAGUGAUUAUGCACAAAAAGAACUAGAGAAUUCAAAACUCAAGCAUAGGAUUUGUGUGUGUUAUUUUCAUGAAAUAGUUGAUAAGAUUUUCGAAUACGCACAAAUCCUAGACCAAAAUCAAGAAAGAGGUGAAUGGGAAAUGGAAAAGAGAAAACGCAAGUUUAAGGAAUUAAAAGAUGAAAACGAAUUCCUCAAAGAAGAAAAUAAAAGGCUCAAAAAAGAAAGUAUCAAAGAACUUAAAUGUCGAAUCGAAACCCUCGAGAAGAAACUUGAAAAUCAAAAUAAGGAAUAUAACGAAAAACUUAAUUUGAUUUUGAAAAAGCUUAGUUAA